UGUACGUCGGGGGCUGUCCCGGGGUGAAAACUAAACAGAAAAAGGCGGGGAUAGUUUCUUUGUGUAGGCAGCAACGUGAAGAAAACAAACGUACCCGGGAACACGGUGCAGCGCGAGGAGACGGAACGAGGUCGGCACAUGAAGUUAGCAGACAGUUAGCAUGGACUCUACAGGACAAUAUUCCUAACCUGGAGGAAUUCUUUCCAUCUGUGGACACUUCCGGACUACAGGAAUAUUAAUAAGACAGGAAAGGACGGGGACUGGAGGUUUAGGACAGACUCCAGCUCAUCUGUGGGACGAGACCCUUCUGACUUCAGGACGUCCGUCUGAAUUAGUUCCCCCUGAAGAACAAGAAUGAGUUCUCCACAAAAGAAACGGAGAGGAGGAGAGGGACCCAAACGUCAACACUGUCACCACUGUGAAAAAUCCUUCACAACAUCUGGAUCUUUAAAGAUUCAUCAGAGAGUUCACACUGGAGAGAAUCUACACAGCUGUGAUCAAUGUGGGGCAGCUUUCACACAACCGAGUGGCCUAAAACGACAUCAACGCAUUCAUACUGGAGAGAAGCCGUACAGCUGUGAUCAAUGUGGGGCAGCUUUCAAAACUCAGAGCCCCCUAAAAAACCAUCAACGCAUUCACACUGGAGAGAAUCUACACAGCUGUGAUCAAUGUGGGGCAGCUUUCGCACAACAGAGUCACCUAAAACGACAUCAACACAUUCACACUGGAGAGAAGACGUACAGCUGUGAUCAAUGUGCGAAAACUUUUUCUCUGAGUGGUCACCUUAAAAGUCACCGACGUGUUCACACUGGAGAGAAGCCGUACUGGUGUGAUCAAUGUGGGGAAACAUUUUCUCACUGUAGUAGCCUUAAAAGACACCAGGUCAUUCACACUGGAGAUAAACCUUACAGCUGUGAUCAAUGUGGGAAAACAUUUACUGUGAGUAGUAGCCUUAAAAGACACCACCAGCGCAUUCACACUGCCUCGUAGUGAACAUGUUUCCGAGCCAAGCUGUUUCCUCCUGCCUCCUCCUCAUGCCCUGAUAGCUGUGUUGUUAUAUUCUGAUCUUCUCUCCACAUUGAAGGCUGACCAGCAGUAACUUGAUCUUCUGAACACCAUGGAUGUUAUCCUGGCUACGACUACUA